AUGCCUCUAAUUGUGCCUUUUUCUGUCAAAGUCGCACUUGCCAUCGGUGGAGUUGCCGGCGCAGGGUUGGCAAUAGCCAAUAAUAGAGCAACAAUCCUACAAGCUGCUGAGAACCUUUUCAAUCGAGGUGCCGAAUAUUGUCAUCAGAAACUCGAGGCACAUAAAAUCAAAAAUGAUGGGGUUUUUGCUGAUGGCUAUGAAGACGGUGCAUUUGCAGAAGCUGAAGAGGGGAAGUCUACCGGGUAUGAAAGUUUUACUGAAGUUAGCACUCCAAACACAAGCGAUUUUCUGGAAAUAGAUACGGAUGUUGAACCUGCUGACGAUGAAGAGUUAGAACUUGACUAA